ACACUUGGCGCUCGGCCUUCUACUCGGGCGUGCUUCCUUUGCCACGUUUUUUUAUCAUUUGUCGUCGAUUGGCCGUUAAACUUGCUCGUUCGUCGAGUGGACGUACAAAAAGCAGCUCAAUCACUAUAGGAAGGGUGUUUUUAAUUGAUAAAAGUGUGAAAUCGUGUCAUGAGGCAAUGCAGCAGGUGGUGGUACCUGGUCUUAAAAUUCGGACGUUCUCUGUCGACGACGGAAACGUUCAAAAUCGCUUCACCGUAACUCCACUCCCUCAAGGUUAACAGCCUACUUAAGUGAACCGCGAUAUCAAGAUCUCAUUCAGCGCAGUCCUUCUCUCGAUCCACAACCACAAUGCCUAGAAUCCAACAAAUUUGCUGCAUUGGCGCUGGAUACGUCGGCGGUCCUACCUGCGCCGUGAUCGCACUGAAAUGCCCUCACAUCCGGGUCACCAUUGUUGACUUGAAUCAAGCCCGCAUUGAUGCCUGGAACUCGCCGGACUUCGACCUGCCCAUAUAUGAGCCUGGUCUGGAGGAUGUCGUUCGCGAGGCUCGCGGACGCAACCUCUUCUUCAGUACCGAUGUCGAUAAGGGUAUCCGGGACGCAGACCUCAUUUUCGUAUCCGUGAACACUCCGACCAAAAAGAGCGGUGUUGGUGCUGGUUUUGCUGCAGACUUAAACUACGUCGAGCUCGCUACUCGGCGCAUCGCAGCUACGGCAACGUCAUCAAAGAUCGUCGUCGAGAAAUCUACUGUGCCUUGCAGGACUGCGGAGUCCAUGCGCACCAUCCUCGAUGCCAACAGCAAGCCCAACGCACGCUUCGAUAUCCUCUCCAACCCUGAGUUCCUCGCUGAGGGAACCGCCAUCGAUGAUCUUUUUGCUCCUGAUCGCGUGCUCAUCGGCUCUUUGCAGACACAGGAGGGCAAGGAGGCGUGUGCGGCGCUAUCCGAAGUCUAUCAGAAUUGGGUACCCAAAGAAAAGAUUUUGACUGUCGGCCUGUGGUCUUCUGAGCUCUCGAAGCUGGCUGCGAACGCCAUGCUUGCGCAGCGCAUCAGCUCCAUCAACGCACUUUCCGCCAUCUGUGAGGCCACAGGCGCCAACAUCGCCGAGGUCGCUCAUUCCAUAGGACAGGACUCACGCAUUGGCCCGAAAUUCCUUCGUGCAUCCGUUGGUUUCGGAGGUAGCUGCUUCCAGAAGGAUAUUCUCAACCUUGUCUACCUAUCAGAGAGUCUUAAUUUAAAGGAAGUAGCCGAGUACUGGAAACAGGUGGUAACGAUGAACGAAUAUCAGAAGAGGAGGUUCAGUAAGCGGGUUGUGGAUACCCUGUUCAACACUAUCACUGGCAAGCGAAUUGCUGUCCUUGGCUUUGCCUUCAAGGCUGACACGGGUGACACCCGCGAGUCGGCUGCCAUUACGCUUAUUCGCGACUUCCAGCAGGAAAGGGCUCUUGUCAAUAUCUACGAUCCCCAAGUGGAGUCGGCCCAAAUAUGGACAGACCUCACCGAGGCUAACCCCUACGUGCCCCUUGCGACGACUCAACGCCAAGUUUUUAUCUGCUCUUCUGCAUUGGAAGCCUGCAAGAACGCCGAGGCAGUCGUUAUCGCCACCGAGUGGGCCGAAUUCAAAACGAUUGACUGGGAGGCCGUGUACGCGGGUAUGAAUAAACCUGCAUUUGUCUUUGAUGGGCGGUUGCUUGUAGAUGCAGACAAACUUAGGUCGAUCGGCUUCAAUGUGACUGUCAUCGGCCGUGGCGAACGCCUCUAGAUCCACUCUGAUCCACCCCAUUUCAUUCAGCCCCAGAAAGGAUAUAUCAUCAUCCACGAGGACGGUUCACCCACUUAGCUUCUUACGGACACAGUGCUAAU